AUGCAGAUACAUAUAGCACCAGUUCAAAGCACGGCACAGCGUAAGAGAGGGCGAAGCAGGAGCGUAGGCGUCCGAUUUCCGACAAAGGCUUCGUUCGACACGAGCAUUCAGAUGAAUGCAAGGGGUCGUGGCAUGCAGAUCACGAGGAGUGACUGCUUCACCCAGGCGUGCCGCGCGGUGUGGCCGGGGGAUGAACCCGUGCCAGCGGCCAUUUCGGAUGCCGUCCUGUCGUGAUAUUUGAGGGUGUAUGAUGUGAGCUUAUUUCAGCGGGAAAAAUUUAUGAAUUUAAGACUCGCAGCCGAAAAAGCUAUUGUUUCUGAGCGUAUUUGUAUGAAUGCUGCGUUCGAGCCGGAAAAUAGUAAUACGCCU